GACGGUGGCCAGGCUCAACGGCUGGGCCAAGAGGAGGGCGUGGAAGGCCACCACAGAGCAGGCCGAGGCGACGGGGCCAGGUCGCUGCCACUCUUGGAGCCACAGGUCGACGGCCACGGAGGUCGACCUGGGCCUGCAGGCGAAGGCGCCCAUGGCCUCCGUCUACCUCGAGCAAUCGUUCGGGGUGGAAGGCAACGUGGAGCUACUGGAGGAGAUAGGCAGCGAGGUGAGGAAGUUGUGGCGCCCGUGGGCACUAGGAGGCGACUGGAACAUGGACCCGAGCUCGGUGCACGAGUGGGCGAGGAGGACCUGGGGCCGAGUGGUCUCGAGCGGCGACGCCACGAUGGCCAGCGAGGAGUUCAGCUACUCCGUAGCGUCGGAGGUGCUGGCGACGUUGGCGAAGGAGGUGAGCGUGAUCACCGACCUGGCGCGCAGCCCCCGCCCACAGGAGAAGAGGGUGUGGCAGCAGGAGGGGAGCGCAGAGGAGGCCUGCAGGGAAUGGCUCACGGCGGCGGAGGACUACCUGCACGAGCUGCACGAGCUGCCGAAGCCCACGAACAGGCGCGAGGAUGGUCCGCGGCUGCACCACGUAGCCCUCACGGCGGAGUGGCAGAGGCGCCUCGAGAGGCAGGCGAGCAGCACGACCGCGACGUGGGCCAGCGGGCCUGCGGCGCUAGUCAGGCUGAGAAGCACGGCGGGGAAGGACGACGCCAGGGCCAGGCGCUCCAGGGGGCAGGCCUCCGAGGACCUCCAGAGAGAGGACGAGUGGGCCGCGCGGCCCAAGGGGGGGCACCUCGCAGAGGGAGCAGAGGCCACGCUCACCAGAUGGCCUGAGUGGAGCAAGGAAGAGCAGACGGCGGCGCUGGAGCAGGCCCACGAGAUGCUCGACACUAGCUCGGAGGCGGACGCGGCGACAGCCAACGCGACAUGGAGGGAGUGGGUCAAUCGCGGCACGGAGGAGAUGGGAGGCACCCAUUCUUUCAAGCAUCUGCGGAAGUGUCGCGUCGGCGACGAGGACGACCCCGAGGUCGGGGGGGGCCCGACCGCAGGGCCAGCGGCCAUGGCGAAAGAGCUGGAGGCAUGGAUGCCCGCGCGGGCGAAGGAGACGAGGAAGAAGGAGCCCCGCCCACAAGACUGGGACGAGGGCCAGAAGCCGAGGGCGAUCGCGGGGGACCAGGUCAGAGAGGCGCUGGGCAGGCGCGCCAAUAACAGUGGCCUGGGCUGGGAAAGGCCCCACCCGAAGCUGCUCAGGCAGCUAUCAGACGGCUACUCGGACAGGCUGGCGGAGGUCCUCAACGCGCGGGAAGCGGACGCGAAGCCGCCGGCACCGUGGAGCAUGAUCACGACGCCGGCGGCGCAGCGGGUGGCGGCCCCGGUGGGUCGCGAGCACUUCUGGGGCGCAGCGGACGCGCCGUGCGACGUGGCGGGAAUGGUCUCGAACACGGUGGCGCGCCACGCCAGGAAGGAGCUAAUGAGGCUGCUGCGCAUCAGCUACCGCACGCCGAGGAGGGCGAAGUGGUUUGAAGCGGUCAGCGACGAGCUGGAGGUGAACAGGGGGCUCGCGGCGGGCUGCUCGCGCGCGACGGGGCUGGUCAAGGUCCUGAUGCACGGGGCCCUGCCGGUGCUCGCGCGGGAGCACCCACUGGUGAGGCACCAGAACGCAGUCGACGACGCGAUGGCGCAGGCGGCAGGUAAGGGCGAGGAGGUGAGGAGGCAGCUGCCUGCGGCGAUGCUUGGGCUGGUGGACAUGCUGGAAGCGACGGGCCUGAUGGCGGCCUGGCACAGAACCAAGUUCAUGGCGGGAGACGAGGAGACAGCGGGAGCGACCAGGGCCACCUCCGCGAAGGAGGGCAUCAAACUCGAGAGGGUCUCGGGCGCGAGGGGUUUCGGCUGCGACGCGAAUGGAGAGGCGGACCACAAGCGGCACCAGCUGAGGAUCCAGGUGGCGAGGGCAGAGGGCAGGUCUGGCGGCAGAGGAGGCAGCCCGAGCAUGGGCCACGUGCGCCGGCGCGCCGACGAGGGCGUCACCGAGGAGCGCGAUGGAGAGGUGCCGGCAGGAGGCAGGCAGGCUGCUGGACAGGAAUUGGCCGUGGGCAGGCGCCCAGGCGACGCGACGCGCCUCGCGGUGGCGCGCGCAGGCAUCGCGACGCCGUCGGCGCUUGGAUCGCAGAUGCCGACGGGCGAGGUGCUUGACGCGAUUUGGCCGGGGCCUGCCCUAGUGAGCGAGGUCGUUGGGCGCGCUGUCAAGUGGAUGGAGGAUGCGAAGGCGCUACCAGCCGCGGGGGCCCGCUCGCCCCGGGAGGGGCCAGCGCGCUGGGAGCGCAUCCAGGAGCUGGUAGCAGAGGAGGGGGCGGAGACAUGGAGCCCGAAGCACAAGAGGGCGCCCAG